AUGCACUCUGCUCCCCACCGCUGUGGCUUUGCCUCUCUGCGAGUCGUUUCUUCUCUAUGCAAUCUCCCCUGCCUCCACUCACUCCUCGUUUACAUGUGGCUGUGCAUUCCUCACCCAUCUUGCAUCCUCCUCAUCUUGCGCCCUCUCUCCUUCACUCCCUUCGUCCCUCAUCAUGCUGCAGACACGUGGUAUCUUCCCUCUGCUGCACAACCCCAUGGAGUGUGGCACGCCGCUGGGAGUGCCAUAGCAAGUAUGGUUGGAAUACGCGAGUUGAUAGAGGCGAUGGAGAUGAGAAUGAGGGCUCUUGACGUGCAGCUGGAAGAGACAAGGAGGGAGUUGGCUGAACACAAGAGAGCGAUCACAAGGCAAGCAAAGGAGGUGAGAGGAACCAAAGAAGGGUUGGCAGAACAGAAGAAAUCGUUGACAGGGAAAGCAGAGGAAUUGGCGGCAGCAAAGGGGGCUUUGGCGGCAGCCAAGGUGGCAUUGGCUGCACACGAUAACUCGUUGACAGUACAUACAGAGGAGCUGGCAACAUCUACUGUUGUCAUGGCUACCCCUAGUGUCCUCACUUUUGACGCUGAGGGUCGGGCCAUUGACUUUGAGGUCUGGGUAGAUGACCUGCAGCUGUUCUUACAGUGCGAUGGGGCAGACGGCCUCUCUCUCUUUGACCAUACCUCUGGCGCUUCCCCUGCCCCUGCUGUUGAUGCUGAUGCCACUGUUCGUUCCCAGUGGGCCACGCGCGACGCUGCUGCACGUCUUGCUGUGCGUCGUCACCUCCCUACCUCCGAGCGUGCACACUUUAGUCAGUACAAGAGUGCUCAGACCUUGUACGACACUGUAGUUGCACGCUACUCCUCCCCUGCCACUGCUGCACUGAGCCGUCUCAUGCUGCCGUACCUCUUCCGUGACCUUGCUGCCUUUCCCAGAGUCGCUGACACUCGCUACCGCGCUGCGCUUCGUACUGACUUCUGCGCCAAGAACCCCCCCCCCAUGUACAUCACCCUCUACUUCAUAGUCACUCGACUCCCUGACUCCCUUAGAGUGGUCAGGGACCACUUCCUCACAGUGUGCCCGACCACUCUCACCAUUGACCUCCUCGAGAAUUCCCUCCUAGCGGCGGAGAAGAGCAUAGUCGCUGUAGGAGCUUCUCGUGGUGACCCCCGCACCCCUGUCUUUGAGGGGUGUUCUCCCUCCCCCCUCUUGCCCUCUGUUGCUUCUGCUGCUGCGGCCGACCUCGUUGGUUUCGAGUCGGUCAGCGCUGCAUCUGCCCCUUCGGGGAAGCGCCGCACACGCAGGGGCAAGGGGGGCAAGGGCGCUGGAGGAGCUGGCGGGGGCGGUGGAGGUGACGGUGGAGGCGGUGGAGGGAGUGGGGGUGGUGGAGGGAGUGGUGGAGGGGGUGGGGGUACCGGUGGCAGCAGUGGGGGCGGAGGCGGCGGCGGUGGCGAAGGGAGCGGAGGAGGCGGUGGUAGCGGAGGCGGCGGUGGUGGUGGAGGCGGCGAUGGUGGCGGAGGCGGCGGAGGCGGCGGAGGGGGCGGAGGUGGCGGUGGAGCUAGUCGCGGGUCUACGCAGAGGAGUGGCUCCGGUGGUGGUCCGCGCCAGCAGCAGCAGCGUGGUCGUGAGACCCUGUCCCCUCAGCAGCUCCGUAAGUGGUACACCGCACGCCAGCGGGGAGGGGGUUUUGGUCCGUGCACCUACGUCCUGCACACCGGCGACCGUGCGGGUGAGCAGUGUGGGGGUGCGCACCACACCCAGCGCUGCUUUGGCCGCCUGACGGACGCUUGGCGUCACCAGUUCCCUGAUGCCACAGAGAUCUCUCGCUGUCUAGGGCGGGAGUAG